AUGGCAGAAUUCCUCGGCAAGAAACAACGAAGAAAGAGCGUCAGCGUGUUCAGUCCAUCCACUCCAAACCCGACACCGGCGCCUCGACCGCCCCAUGCUCGAACACCCUCAGAUGACACCUUGACCAGAGAUAAGAAAUCCCGCCGCAAUUCUGGCUUCUUUGGCCGGCCCCAGAGUCCGAGCAGGAAAGCGAGCGGUAGCGGCCCCAAUGUACUCCGCCGCCCGGGCACGGCUGCUGCAGAGACGGCUGCUUGGGCUGCGGCCAUGCAUUCGACCCCCACACUGGAGAUCCCCCAUCCUCGCCGAAAAUCAUUACAAAAGAAACGAGCUUCCGUCUUUGGUUCGUUGAAGUCGCUACACUCGUUGGAGGAUGAAGAUCCACUUAGCGCGUCGGUGGCCUCGGUGGAGGAGCCAAACGCCCUCAGCUCUCGGAAUGUGAUUUGGUCUUCGGCAAUCCUUCACUAUGGUGAAAUCCAGACGACCGGUGGCAUGUGGAAGCGGAAAAGUCAAUACCUCGUACUAACGGAUACGCAUCUGGUCCGCUUCAAGAACCAGAGCAAGGCUGCCGAUGCUUUUCCCUCAAUUCCACCGACUUACAACCCUCGUGCUCCGGCGACGCACCGCCAAUCCGUGGCCUCGAUCAGUUCUUUGCAGGACAUGCAAUUGAUGGUCGCAGCCGAAUCAUCAGUCGGUAUACCCUUGAACAGUAUCAUUGCUGUUUACAUGCUCGAAGAUGCACGCUUGUCGCCCACGGUCGAGGUGGCCUACCUGGAUGAGCGCACGCACAAAGCGUCUUUGAUUCAAAUGCAAACCCCCGAUCAACAGGAAUUGAAUCUUUGGAUGGUGGGUAUUCGCCAGGCCGCACAGUUGACCCGUUCCAACGACCCGCUGCCGUUCGAUCGCAAUGCGGUGGAGUAUGUAACCAAGAUGUUGGAACACGAACGAGACUAUGAUCCGGACACCUUCCGAAUGUUCCGUGUCAUACAGAUCGCUUCGAGUAAAUCACCCACCCGUUCGUCCUCGGAGGACCUAACCAAACUGUCACCGACUGGCUGCUACCUCGUGAUUGGAUUGCAUAAGGCCCAUUUGAUUCCUAUGCAGAAGGCGGCCAACCGGGGCUCAAUGGUAUCCUUGUCGGACAUGGAGACUGUCACCUCGUUUGGCCUUAUGAACUUAACGGGCUUAUCUAUGGAAUAUGGAGAUGAUAGUUUACAUUUGACAUUCCGGGUCCCCUUGAGAAAAUCGUUCAAUGUGUUCUUGGCUUCGGUACAUUCUGUGGAAGUUGCUUGUUGGAUCCGGCAACAUACCGAGUUCCUGCGCCCGCUGUGGACAAGGCAGCCGUACGACUUUGUUGUCCCACCUGAUUUGCACAACGCCGAGAAUUUCCCUCUAGUUCCUUUGGAUGAAGAUUACGGCUGCUUUGAUCGAACACUCGUUGCCUACUCCGCUAGUUACGAUGUUGAUACGUCCAACAUUCGCUACACGAUCGACUUGGCAUGUGAGGAUGCUCCAUGCUUCCGCCUUCUCCGGCCAGCUUCGACUCGAACUUCUCGGUACAGCGCUCUGGAAUUGAUUGCGGUUAUGCGUGCCCUGCGAUAUAACGAGUCCUUUCGAUCUAUCUCAUUCCGUGGUAUUAACCUUGAUGCGCUCCAAGGCAUCCGUGAUCUGCACGGCGUGGACCCCGACGUGCAUCUCGAUAGGUCUGGGUCAUUGGUGCAUAUCCCCGGUCAAGGAAGUUUGAGCGUUCUAUCGCAGGAGGUACGAGCAUUGGCACUCAAGAGUGCUCGGCUCCGUCGACUGGACUUUGCUUACUGUCUCACCCGAACCCCAACUUUGGACAAGGGCAGCCGGGAUCCAGGCUGCGGAAUUCCCGAGGCAAUUUUCCCAGUCUGUCGUCGUGAGAUGACCAAUGUCGACUGGGUGGUAUUGAAUGGUAUCAAGCUUGGCGAAUCGGAUUUGGAUUAUCUGGUUGAUGCCGCUUCUCAAAGCCAAAGUCAUUUGCGUGCGUUGGAAGUUGGAGACUGUGGUUUGUCUGUUCACGACUUGGAUCUUUUAUUGUCGACUCUGGUGGCCCAAGAAACCACCCUCGAAGCAAUCAACAUAUCCGGGGUCCAGGGUCGCUUGAAUCCGGACGUGUUGCAACAAUACAUUGGCUACUUUGGCCAGAUCCGGAAGAUUAACCUUUCUCGCAUUUCACGCACAUCGGGUUCGGACCCUCUAAUCACUGCAGAAAUGCUGUUUAACUGGCAGCUCGAAGAAUUGAUUCUCAGUCGCACGGCUGUCAAUCGUGAGACUGUUGACUCCAUUGCUACUUACCUGGCAAGUGAUCGUUCGCAGAAUCUUCGUAUGCUUCGUCUGGACCAAUGUGGCCUAAGCGGAGAGGAUGUUGCCAUGUUCAUGCACUCAAUGUCUGCUGGACCAGACACUCCGCGAAGUCUUCAUUUGCAUGUCAAUGAAAACAGACUUGACAAUGGCUGUUCUUUCCUCUUCGAUGCCAUUGCGAAGAAUAUCACCCCUACUCAUGUUUCCAUGCAAAUGAUUGAUUUCAAGAAAGAAGAGCACUUUCGACAACUAGUUGAUGCUCUUCGAAAGAAUACGACCAUACGGUACUUGGAUAUCUCCAAGGCAUCUCUUCCUUACGACGCAGGCCCUGAGACCUGCAAGGCACUGCAACUUAUGUUUGAGCAAAACGACACUCUUGAGGCUUUAGAUAUCAGCGGCGAGAGUGCACACCUGGACGUUGCUCGAUUUGGCAUCGGACUCAAUCUGGCUUUGACCGGCUUGAAGAAGAACACAUCACUCAAAGUUCUCCGCAUCGAGCAUCAGAAGCUGGGUCUUCAGGGUGCCAAUACAUUGGCUUCAGUCCUAGAAGAGAACGAGUCAUUGCGUGAGGUGCAUUGCGAGAACAACGAUAUCAACCUGCAAUCCUUCACUGUAUUGGUUAAUGGACUCCAAAGCAAUCGCACGUUGCUUAAUCUAUCCUCAAUGGACCGGGAUCGAGCUCUAUCUCUUGACAGGGUACGCCGAGAAGUUGACAAUGUCCGUUGGGACGCUAGUCCCGUCCAAAGCUCUACGGCGAAUUCCAUUCGUCGAUCUCUACAUGCAGCAAUGGGAGUCCGGUCUAGUGGAUCCAGUGGUCAUCGAUUGACCAAAGCACCCCCGACACCGGCACAUUCUCCAUCCUCUUCUUUGGAUACCUCGGCAUUCGCAAGUCACAACGUGGAUUUGGUUUUGUCAUCACUGCAACGCAAGUGGGACAUGGAAAUUGAUCGUUUGCAAAGAUAUCUUCUCCGCAAUUACAACUUUUCUCACGGAAUUGAGGGCGCCGAAAUUGAUGAUGGUGCCAGCGAUGGACGACCUGCAACCGCAGCCAGCCUUGGGACCAUGCUGGACAACCUGAAGUUCGAGAUGGCUGUAUCGACAGAUGAAGUGCAAGCCUCCCCUCCCGAGGAGGAAGCUCCUGUGUCGAUUCAAGUCAUUGUAGAAAGACCAGACCUUACUCCCAAAGCCAAGCCAGCGCCUAGGCGGAAACUCUCGGCCAAGGCUAGCCGAAUGAAGAGUGAACCUGAUCUCCGGCCCCAUACUGCCCGUGCCCAGGUAUUCUCACCAGAGUACGGUUCAACAGGCCCUUCAUCAUCUCGCUUGGCUUUCCCUGUUCCCGCCAUGCCUACAGCGAUCACUAAAGCGAGUAGUGUUCGCAGCGCACGCAGCUCUAGCACCGUCUCAACCAAUAACGGCAGUGCGCGCAGCACCUACGGGAUCGCCUCAUCUACUCUGCGAGGCUUUCUCACAGGCAGUGCCUCAAAGGAGCGUCGCCGGGUAGAAUCGAUGCGCCCUGUGUGUGUCUCAAGUGAGAAACCCCCACAGCUGGACUGGUCACCGCCCAAGCUGGACUUGCAGGAACUCGAGUAG